AGGCCCGAUUCACUUAGCGAUGGGGGUUCCAAUUCCCCUUGUGGCCGUUGAGCCCUAGCUGUGCUACUUAACGUAUACUCAGUUCUUACCAACAGAAGCUUCCAGGGGUCUCUCACUGGCUCUGCCCCUUUCCUAGGUGGGACUGGCCAUCUGUUACGACCUCCGUUUUCCGGAAAUGGCGCUGACUCUGGCCCAGGCGGGAGCCGAGAUUCUCACCUACCCGUCGGCCUUCACCGUCACAACUGGCGCCGCCCACUGGGAGGUCCUCCUGCGAGCCCGUGCCGUGGAAACCCAGUCCUACGUGGUGGCUGCGGCCCAGACGGGCCAGCACCACCCGUGCCGCAGCUCCUUCGGCCACAGCAUGGUGGUGGACCCCUGGGGCAGCAUCGUGGCCCAGUGCCAGGAAGGGCCCGGCUUGUGCUUCGCCGAAAUCGACCUACCUUACCUGCACCGCCUCCGCCAGGAGAUGCCCGUCUUUGCCCACCGCCGGCCUGGCUUCUACAGCCGGGCGGCUGCUGAAUGGGGCUUUGGGCUCCCGUGACGGGCUCAGCU